CACUAUUCCACAACGCUUGCCACAUUUGCUAAUUCUCUUAUCAUAUACUUUUGGCCCUUUACAUCAGUUUUCUUUUUUCUAAAGAAGAGAGAGAUCUCAAAAGAUGAAUCAUCUUGGAGCCAAAUCAACAGAAUUCCCAACCUCACUAUUCAAAUCUGAAAAACGCUCCAUUUUUGCCCAAAUUUUAUUGAGGAUUUUUGCUAUUGGAUUCACUUUGACGGCCGCUUGCAUAAUUCACAAUAGCAAACAGACGCUCAUUAUUUUCACUGUCGAGACGGAUGCUCGAUAUACCUAUUCUCCCGCUCUCAAGUUCUUUGCCUAUGCAAAUAUGAUUGGAUGUGCCUUCUCUAUUUUGUCUCUGUUUCUUGUUUCCAUCUUUGGCCGUAAGAGUCUUCACCCACACAAGUAUUUUUACCUCUUCUUCCAUGAUAUGAUUAUGAUGGCACUAUUGAUAUCUGGAUUUUCAGCAGCAACAACAAUUGGAUAUCUAGGAAAAUAUGGAGAGAUUCAUUCAGGGUGGAUGCCAAUUUGUGAUUCUUUUGCAAAAUUCUGUCAUAAAAUUAUAGCCAGUCUUAUAUUCUCCGCUUUUGGGGUUAUUUUCUAUCUAUUCCUUGCUAUCCUAUCCGCAAAUCAAUCUAGAAAAAUCCAAGUUUGAAAUAAUGUCCCUUAAUUACCCCUAGGAAAAAAAAUAAUGCUAAGUGUAUAAUAGCAGUAAGAUUUUAAAUGUAGCAUCAAGGAAGGUAAAAAAAAACCUUAUGUAAUGCAGAUGCAAUUAUUAUUAAAUUUUUACAGUUGCAGAUUGUACGAUAUUUGGUGGAAUCAUAAAUGCAGUUAGUAAUUAAUUUA